AUGCAUUCGUCUACUCUUCUGCUUACACUAGCGGUUCUUCUCUGUGCCACUAGCAUCGAUGGCGUUCAAGAUAAUUCGGGUCUGGCUGAAAUGCUAAAAACCAUUGAUCAAACAUGCAAUAAUAUUCAUGGUCUUCUUACGCAUCAAAGAAAAAUUAUUAACAUUCAAGUUACUAAACAGGCUCCAGUUCGAGUAAAAGUUGAAAUGGAAUUAACAUCACAAUAUUCACCGACAUUGAAACAACGCUUUAGUGUUGAAGGAAUGGUUUGCCAUCAUGGUUUCGAUCGAAAUGCAGCACAAGCAGCUUGCCGUUCUCAGAAGAAAAACUUACAAAUGUUUUCAAACAAUUACUACUGGGAACCAUCACCAAACGAUCUUCAUGAUAAAUGUUACUUCGAAUACAACAACGACCCUUUGAUAGUUCCAUGCCAUUUUGUUUUGGAUAAUUUCAAUUGUACAAGUGAUGCAACGAGUCUCAAUGAUUGUACGCACACACCACUAUUUCAACAUCAUUGCACAACUGACAUGCAUGUGGGUAUCGGAUGUUCGGGAACUUAUGACGAAACUGCGACAACUGUUACCACUACAAGAGCAAUUCAAACUUCAACCGCUACUCCCACAACUGAUGAACAAACUGUCAUAGAUGUUUUAAAUCGUCACAAUUGGACCGAUAUUGGAGCUGUUAUUGAUGUAACAGGAAGCAUGUCUAGUUGCUAUGCUCACAUUGACCAAUGGGUUGCACUGAGCCAACAAGGUAAAUUCGUGAAAUAUUUUGUCUUCUUCAAUGAUGGUGAUGACACGUUAAAUGAAAAUAAAAUCAUUGGAUCUACAGGGGGUAUAUAUAGUGUAUACACAAACGAAGGAAUAACGAAGGUGAAGGAGAUUUUAAAUACAGCUAAGAGAAAUGGAGGUGGUGGUGAUAUUCCGGAGAAUGAUAUUGAAGCAAUUAUUUAUACGCUAUCAACUUGCCCUACAUGUAAAAAUAUCAUUCACAUUGCCGAUAACGGAGCAACACCUAGAGAUAUGAUUCUUCUAAAUCAAGUGACCAAACCAAUCAAAGUCCUUGUCUGCAAACUGGGUGCAAAUAGUUUUGUAAAUCCAAAAUUGUUAGAUAUUGCCUAUAAAACUGGUGGGUCGUUGCAUACACUGAACAUGGAUAUUGAAACACUACAAAGUUUGAAAGUUGGUGACACAAUCCAAGUGGGCGAUGGUACUUAUCGACUAACUGUAAAUGGAUUUGUACGAGUUGCUUAA